UUGAAUUACUACCUUUCUGUCUUCUGUCUCACCCAUACUUAUUUCUCCAAUAAAAGCUAAACCUAUGUCAAAAACUAUUUAAUCGUUUUGGUAUCACCACUCUCAAUUUUCCUCUUCUUGGUAUUGCUUAAAAGCCUUAGAAAUCAUAGAAUGAUCUUUAAAUCAGACUGCCAAAUUGUACUGAUAAAUGUUUCUGUAAACUUUGAUACAUAACCAUUAAAUAAUAGUGUUGCUGAAACAUAAGUUUUCAAAUGAGCAAAUCUAAGCAGCCUAAUACUGUUUUCACUUGGGAUAAAUUACUGAGAAAUUCAGGAGUCUUUACCAUAGUCCUAGAUAACAGGGACAAAUAUUCUAUAAAAUAGUAUUCUGCCUAUUCAAAUCAGUUUUCAAUCCAUCAAAGUGAGGCUAAUUAUGGGAAAUGACUAACCUUCUUGAGCCUCAAACCAAUGAUAACUACAAGUCCCAUGAUGCAAAGCUCGAGCCUGAGCCUAUGUUACACAAAGUGCUUCCUGGGAAUUGAAGUCUUCUCGUCACCUACUUGGCAAACUAGAUAUUGUAGACACAUUUCUCAGAAACUCAUUUUUAGUAAUAAAGUCUGUGGGAGAAGAUAACUGUCGAUUCCCUGUGACGGACUUAGAUUUGUUCGGGCCACUGCGGAGACAGGGACCAACAAUUCUAGUGUAAGCCUCCGGGGGCGGCGCCGUGGUGUGACGUCACUUCCUGGAGCGACAUACCCCCCUCCCACUUCAGGCCGUCCCUUCCCUCAGGUACGCGGGAACCUGCCUGGGUGGCUGUGCCAAGGCACAGAGUGGCUCGUCUCCAGCGGAGGGUCACGUGAGGAGUCCGAGUGUCCGGGCAGGACGGGACCAGCCGUAGUCGAAGAGGAGCCGCCUUCCUCCACUCGGCAGCGCGGGGUCGCGGAGCGCACCAAGAUAGUGAAUUCCUGAGAAGAAAACAAUGAACUGCAUCUUGGUUGUUCUUUAAGUAUCUGGACUUAAAGGUAUACAAGUUUGUUGCCAAGACCAAAGAAGAUGGCAACCCCUUAUGUCCCAGUUCCGAUGCCAAUCGGAAACUCUGCUUCCAGCUUUACAAACAAUAGAAAUCAGAGGAGCUCUUCCUUUGGCAGUGUGUCAACAAGCUCAAACUCUUCCAAAGGCCAGCUAGAAGACUCAAGUGUGGGCACUUGUAAGCACACGAAUGUCCAGGAUCAGAUGGACAGUGCAUCAUCAGUCUGCGGCAGUCCUCUCAUUAGAACUAAAUUUACAGGUACAGAUUCGUCCAUUGAAUAUUCUGCUAGACCAAGAGACACUGAAGAACAGCACCCUGAUGCACUGAAUUGGGAAGAUAGACCCUCAACACCUACAAUUCUGGGUUAUGAAGUUAUGGAAGAGCGGGCCAAAUUUACUGUAUAUAAAAUCCUAGUAAAGAAAAGUCCAGAAGAAAGCUGGGUAGUUUUCAGAAGAUACACUGACUUCUCCAGGCUUAAUGACAAAUUAAAAGAGAUGUUUCCAGGCUUUCGAUUAGCACUUCCUCCAAAACGCUGGUUUAAAGAUAAUUACAAUGCAGACUUUCUAGAAGACAGACAAUUAGGACUACAAGCGUUUCUUCAAAACUUAGUAGCUCACAAAGACAUCGCUAACUGCCUUGCAGUGAGAGAAUUUCUUUGUCUGGAUGAUCCACCAGGUCCAUUUGAUAGCCUAGAAGAAAGCAGGGCUUUCUGUGAGACUUUAGAAGAGACUAACUACCAUUUACAGAGAGAACUACUUGAGAAGCAAAAAGAGGUGGAAUCCCUGAAGAAACUGCUUGGGGAAAAGCAACUUCACAUAGAUGCGUUAGAGACCAGAAUCAGAGCUGAUCAUAAGCCACACUUCAACUCUAGAGAAGCCGGAAGUGCAAUAGCAGACAUAGAAGUCGCACAGUUGGCAUAUAAUGCUGAAGAUGACUAACACACUGGUGACUGCUCCCUCCAUUUCAUCAUUUUAGCAGAUUUCAGCAGAGUGGCAAAUGCCACCCUCAAAGACUGAAACAGAAGAGAACAAGAAUGCACGUGUAUAAAGUUUACAUAAUUUGUUUUUUUAGUUAUUGGAUAGGAACUGUAUUCACUGCUGCUUUCGAUAUCUUUUAUCCAGCGUUGUAUUUACUACAUUGAAAAAAAUAUACAGUUAGAAUUGUUAUCAGAGCCCAUGUUCUUAAAAACUUUACAUAAAUUAUUACAGUGUCUUGCCUGUAUAUUGCUCCAAACUACUGUGUUAGUGUAUAUGUGUGUGCUUGCUUGUCCUAAAUCACCACUUAUAUUAGGUGAAAAUUAAUUGCAUGUUAGAAUCUGGGUAAUUUCUCUAUCUCAGAUAUGAUAUAGAUUUAAAUCAGUGAACACCACAGGAAAGAUAAAUAAGAAUCCAGUUUGAAAUGUUAAUGUCUAUCAUCUCUAGAUAAAAGUUGCUAAUUUGAAAUGUUAAUACUAUUUAAAAGAAGAUGACUUUCUAGAACCAAAGAUAAUGUGUUUUGAAAAGCUAUAAUUAGAUAGGCAAAGCGAUAAAAAAGCCUUGAUUCAAAUGAUGAUUAAUUAAUGUCAAGAUACUUACUGUAAGUGUCCUGGUUUAUUAAUAUAUUAUACUUGGAUAUUUUCCUGCAUAAUCUUCAACUCAGUUUUCUACCCAUAAAUUCACUGGGGUUGCCUCUUUCAGAACACUACCUCUUUUUGCUAAUCAAGGCAUAUUCUUUUCAAAAUAAAUUACAGUUUUGAGGCAAGUGAGUUAUAGAAAAAGAAAAAAAAAAAUAACCGUAUAUACUGCAAAGUUCCCAAGUAGCUUGACUCCUGGUGUUCCAUAUGUAUUUCUAUGUAUGUAUGUGAAGAUGUUAUGCUGUACUAUGGCUGAUUUUGUUUAUAUGUAUUUAGCCAACUGAUGCACUUUAUGAUAAUUAAACUCAUUUGUGCCAAGUUCA